GGCGCCGCGCGGUAAGGCCUCGGUGCGGCGGGCUCGGUUCUCGGUGUGGCGGCGCCCGGCGCUCGCAGAUCACCCAGAAGACACGAUGAGUGUUAAAGCUUUCAAGCUCGUCUCUGCAGUUGAGCAGGAGAUGUUAAUGGGAGACAAAAAUCACAUCAACAUUGAAUGCAUUGAGUGUUGUGGAAAGAACCUCUAUAUUGGAACCAACGACUGCUUUAUCUAUCACUUUAUGUUGGAUGAGAAAGUAUCAACAUCUGGAAAAAUAACUUUUGCAGCCACCAAGCAACUGCAUAAAUACCUGGGCUUCAAGAAGCCCGUGAGUGAGUUGAAAGCAGCCUCUGCACUCACCAGGCUUCUUGUGCUUUGUGAUAACACAAUAACGCUAGUUAAUAUGAUGAACUUGGAACCUGUUCCCACAGGUGCUAGAAUCAAAGGAGCUGUGACAUUCACAUUAAAUGAGAAUCCUGUGAGUGGGGACCCUUUCUGUGUUGAAGUCUGCAUUAUCUCAGUCAAGCGACGGACCAUUCAAAUGUUCAUGGUGUUUGAAGACAGGGUCCAGAUAGUGAAGGAAGUUGUUACCCCAGAGCAGCCCUGUGCUGUGGCUGUAGAUGGUUAUUACUUAUGUCUUGCACUUACAACGCAGUAUAUAAUUUUGAAUUACAAUACUGGCAUCUCCCAGGAUCUAUUUCCCUACUGCAGCGAUGAGAAACGGCCAAUUGUGAAAAGAAUAGGCAGACAAGAGUUCCUGUUGGCUGGUCCUGGAGGGCUAGGCAUGUUUGCAACUGUAGAUGGCAUUUCGCAGCGUGCUCCUGUGCACUGGUCGGAGAACGUGAUUGGAGCAGCUUUGUGCUUUCCCUAUGUGGUUGCUCUGGAUGAGGAUUUCAUUACAGUGCACAGCAUGUUGGACCAGCAGCAAAAGCAAACCCUGCCAUUUAAAGAGGGUCAUAUUCUACAGGAUUUUGAAGGAAAAGUGAUUGUUGCUACUAAUAAGGGUGUGUAUAUCUUGGUACCACUGCCUUUGGAAAAGCAGAUUCAGGAUCUUCUAGCUAGCCACAGAGUGGAAGAAGCCCUUGUUCUAGCAAAAGGAGCUCGAAGGAAUAUUCCAAAAGAGAAAUUUCAGGUAAUGUACAAACGAAUCUUGCAGCAAGCAGGUUUUAUACAGUUUGCACAGCUUCAGUUCCUUGAAGCAAAAGAACUCUUCAGAAGCGGCCAGCUUGAUGUCCGGGAGCUGAUCUCUCUGUACCCCUUCCUGUUGCCUACUUCCUCUUCAUUUAUACGGUCUCAUCCUCCACUGCAUGAGUAUGCUGACCUAAACCAGCUGACCCAAGGGGACCAGGAGAAGAUGAUAAAAUGCAAACGCUUUCUCAUGAGUUACUUGAAUGAAGUCCGCAGCACUGAGGUUGCAAAUGGCUACAAGGAAGAUAUUGACACGGCUUUACUCAAGUUAUAUGCAGAGGCAAAUCAUGAAAGCCUGCUGGACCUGCUGGUUUCAGAGAACUUUUGUCUUCUAACAGAUAGCGCUGCAUGGCUGGAAAAGCACAAAAAGUAUUUUGCCCUUGGUCUCCUGUAUCACUACAAUGGUCAAGAUGCUGCAGCACUUCAGUUAUGGGUGCAAAUAGUUGAUGGAGACAUUGAAGACUCUACACGUUCAGAUCUCUAUGAAUAUGUGGUAGACUUCCUGACAUUCUGCUCAGACCAGGAUUUGGUGUGGAAAUACUCCGAAUGGGUUUUACAAAAAAAUGAAGAGGUGGGAGUGCAGAUUUUUACUAAAAGACCUUUGGAAGAGCAAGAGAAAAACAACAUUAAUCCAGAUGAUAUCAUCAGUUGCCUUAACAAAUAUCCUAAAGCGCUUAUUAAGUAUCUAGAACAUCUUGUAUUGGAAAGAAAAAUAGAGAAAGAAAAGUACCAUACUCAUCUAGCUGCCUUGUAUUUGGAGGCAAUACUGAAGCUAAAAUCUGGGACCACAGAUAACUGUGUGGAAACAAUUGAACUGCUGUUGAAACUACGCAGCCUUCUUCAGAAAUCUGAUCUUUAUAGAAUUCACUUUAUUUUGGACAAAAUCCGUGGCACAGAUCUUCACAUGGAAAGUGCAAUUUUAUAUGGAAAACUAGAAGAACACGAGAAGGCUUUGCAUAUCCUUGUCCAUGAGUUAAAGGAUUUCCGUGCUGCUGAAGAAUACUGUAUAUGGAACUCUGAGAACAGAGAUCUGCAGUACAGACGGAGGCUCUUCCAUAUGCUGCUGUCAGUAUAUCUGAACCCAGACACGUCAGACUGUGCACUGGUCAUGGCUGCUGUAGAUCUCUUGAAUAACCAUGCAGCUGAGUUUGAUGCAGCUCUGGUUUUGCAGCUGGUGCCUGACAGCUGGUCAGUGCAGCUCCUCUCCCCGUUCCUGGCCGGAGCAGUGAGGCAAAGCAUUCAUACAAAAAGAAUGACUCAGGUUGCACUUGGGUUAGCACAAGCUGAAAACUUGAUCUACAAAUAUGAGAAGGUCAAACAUAAAGGAACUCCAAUUCUCCUUUCGGACAAAAAGGUCUGUCAGGUGUGCCAAAAUCCUUUCUGUGAGCCUGCAUUUGUAAGAUACCCAAAUGGAGGUAUGGUCCACACACACUGUGCUGCAAACAGACAUCUGAACUCAAAUGUGACUCCUCACUCUUCCAGCUCCAGCAGUGAGACUUGAAAUAUGCUCUAGAUCCCAGAGGUUCCCAUGGCUUAUAUCACACUGAAAACGGACUGGAAAAAAUAAAAUACAAGUGCAGCUACUUUAAGCAUAAAUGAAGAUGAACAUAUAGUCAUUGGGUUAAUGGGAGGACUUCAGCAGAUAUAAAAUAUGGCCAAUUGCCUUCUCAGUUUCUAAUGAAUGUAAAUAGAGGAAAAAAAUUCACUACCAGAAAUGGAGAGGUGCAAAUAUAGACUUCUGUAUAUAGUAAUAAGCAGUCAAAGAAAGUGAGCCUUUUUUUCCACAGCAAGGAUGAACGUUACGGAGACAAGGUAAACCGUUAUUUUCAGAAAUGUCACUUUGCACUGAAUGUGGUGUUGAUAAAUUUGUAGAGGUGGAGAUGGUAUCUGUUGGAGUAGGAAUUCUUGGAGCAUUAUACAACAAGACUGGCAUCGUGCAGCUGACUAUCGGGACAAAUACACACUUUGCUUAUGAUGUUUGCUGCAGCACGUCCUCUUUUGGGCUGGAUUCUCUUCCCCAGGAUCACAUAAUGAACAUGUUCUUUGCUCUACAAGUUGUUGGCUUUUGCACUUUUUCGUACUCUUAUUUCCUUUCCCUCUUUUCUGCUGUAUAAAAUUUAAACUUAAGCAUUAGCCUGUUAAUUUUCUGCUCCUAUGGUUACUGUCGUAAACUGAGUGGAAACUGAUAGCCUUGGACACACAGCUGUGCUUGGAUGAAGAGAUGAAGUCAGAUUAUCUGGUCAGACUGUAGUCACUUUUUUUAUGGGGGAAGAAACUUUUAAUAUUGAUUUAUUUAUUAAUAUGCAAAUAUACUGUACAUACAGUUGAAUAAAUUUAUCUUAUAUCAUCAUAGGGGUUCCUUGGAGGAUAAAGGACGUAGCUGAUGCAGAAGUGUGUAGGUUACGUGCUUAAAUGUUUGUUAUAAUUUAAGCAGACUGAAACUCAACACGAAUAGGUAUUAAUAAUACCUGUGGGUGACUUUGUGCAAUCAAGUUCAUGGAAAAGUGGCAUAACUGGGAAGAAAUCUACAAAGGUGCACUACAGAGAUAUUGAGAUAUUUGUUGCGUUCUACAAAAUGUUCUGUAAACUAAAGCUUUUCAGACAGCAACAAAACUUGUACUGAAUUGCCAUGAUAAAUCAUUCAUCCAUUUUAAAGCAGUUGAUGGGCAGCUUCCCCCAAGAGAGGCUCAAAAACAAUGACUCAAAUAAAAUAGUAUUUCAAAGUGAAAGCAUUUCUUUUAAUUUUGUAAAGUUAAUAAAUACUAAGCUUAGUGAACAGCAUGUAGCUGAGAGUGCCUGUAGGCUGCUUACUGCUUUAGUGUUCCAAAUCAGAGUUGAGACUGUCAGCAGAGCAGGUUAUUUGCAUGGUAUCUUCUGGAUAUGGUCUCAGAAGAGAUCUCCUGUUACAGAAAUGUUGGCUUAUAGAGCAGCUUUUUCAAUGCUGUUGCAGUCCAGAGUUGGGCAACCAGAUUACAUCCUUGGGGUGGGGGGGGGGAAAUAUCCAUUUCUUUGUCUUGGAAGUAAAAGUCCUUUGGAUUUUUCUUUUUCCUGAGUGUGAAAUCAAAAAAGCAUAGCUGUUGUACUGAGUUUAAAGAAAAUAAUUAAGUUUUGCAGCUCCCUCUGCCCAGAUGUGAAAGACAAACUUAAUGAAAAGCACCUUCCAAAAGGCAUUCAAUCUCAUUUCUGAGCUGUGGUACGAGUGAUUCUCCUGUAGCCUUGGUAUGAGCAGGUUCUGUGUCUCAUAUUCCUGAUUUUUGAACAACCUGUGUACAAACAGCAAUGACAAAUUUCUAGUUCUGUGUCAUCAGAGUAGUUGCUGGUAGAGGCAGAGGCUUUAGAAAGACUGGAGAAACCUGCUCUGUUCUUUGGCACGCCAUUCAUAGAUACUUCCUUUUGCUGUCAGCAUCCUCAGUGUGCUCUGUUUCCAUCUAAUAGGGAGGUAAUAAAGCAGACAUCACUCUUCGUGGUUAAGACAUUCAGGCCAUGAGGUAGUGAUGAACUCUGUCAACUCGUGUUGCAAUGAAAUUGAGAUCAUAUUAUUCAGAUCACAAGAAAAUUAUUAAUUAUUGUGUGAAAAAAUACAUCUGUAAAAGAUGAAAAGAGAUUAAUAUAGAUUUUCUUCAGG